GAAAUCUUAAAGGAAAGGUGCCAUGAUCAAGCUUCUGUUGGUCUCAGUGCUGGUGGCUGGAGUUCUAGGCUGUGGGGUCCCCACCUACCCACCCAACUUAAGCAGGGUAGUUGGAGGUGAAAAUGUGCUGCCCAACAGUUGGCCCUGGCAGGUCUCUCUUCAGUACGAUUACAAUGGUGUGUGGAGACAUACCUGUGGGGGAUCCCUAAUAGACAACAACUGGGUACUGACUGCUGCUCACUGCAUCAGCUCUUCUAGGACCUAUCGGGUGCUGCUUGGAAGACAAAGCCUGUCCACUGAUGAGGAAGGAUCUCUUGCUGUCCGGGUUACCAAACUGGUGGUCCAUGAGGACUGGAACCCUAACAAGCUUUCCAAUGGGAAUGACAUCGCCCUGCUCAAACUGGCCAGCUCUGUCUCUCUGACUGAUAAGAUUCAGCUGGGCUGCCUGCCUCCUGCAGGCACAAUCCUACCCAACAAUUUUGUCUGCUACGUCACAGGCUGGGGACGACUGCAAACCAAUGGAGCUCUCCCAGAUAUCUUACAGCAGGGUCGCUUACUAGUGGUAGAUUAUGCCACCUGCUCUCUCCCCACCUGGUGGGGCAGCUCCGUGAAAACCAACAUGGUGUGUGCGGGUGGUGAUGGAGUGAUCUCCAGUUGCAAUGGAGACUCUGGUGGCCCACUGAACUGCCAGGCAGCUGAUGGUCACUGGGAAGUACAUGGCAUCGUUAGCUUUGGCUCAUCGCUUGGCUGCAACUACUACCACAAACCUUCUGUAUUCACCCGGGUCUCCAACUACAAUGACUGGAUCAGUAACGUGAUAGCAACAAACUAAUCAGAGAAGCCUGGGAAAUGGGUCCAUUAUAAAGGAAAAAGGAAAUAAAAUGGACGUAAUGAGAAACAA